ACAUUUCGGGAAUUUAAAAAUUCUUAUCUUUUGGCCACGUAAGGCAGAGGUUAGUUAUACUGCUGACUCAUAUCAUUUCGAGAAAAGUUCGCUGUGCGAGAACAUGUAACUGGGAAGUAAAUAAUAACGCGUUUAAAUUCAAACAUGGGAGGCGUUUUGUCUAUCGCGGAGGAUACUUCAGUACAGGAAAGUUUGUGGAGGAUACGCUGUGUGCACACAACACGUAGAGCUCUUUUGUUGGAUAAGAUUCAUCGACGUAGACGUCCUAUCAGAACAGGAAGAGUAAUAUUUGCAGUACGGCAUAAGACCCCAAUACAAUUUAUUAAUAGAUAUCUCAAACAGAAAAAGCAAGACAAAGCGGCAGACCAAAAGAGAACAUUGUAUGUAAAAUGUGUGGAAGUAAAUCAUACAAAAAUAGUUGACGAUUUUUUUUCUUGUAGUGAUUAUAAGAGUAAUUGUAUAUCUGUUUCGAAUGAGAAACAGUUAUGCAAUUCUACUUUUAUACUUAAGGAAAAAGAAAAUGAUAAAUAUACAAAUAAAAUAUUUGAAAACUGUGAGGGUAAAAAAUUAACUUUGUUUGAAGAAUUAUUUAGUAGAUCUAACUUCUUCAAAAUAAAAUCACAAACUAUUUUAGAUGUGUACUAUCAGCCCGGAUUCGUCCCCCCUAAAGUUAUAGAAGGAAUAUUGUGGGAAUGUCUAAAUGUGGAACAGUUUAGAUUAGUCACGUUCUGCAAAUAUCCCAUAACCGGUGCACAGUCGUCAUUGGUACUUGCUGCUAACGGUUUCGUGUAUAUCGGCACAGGCGCAGACGAUUCCGUUCUCUGUUAUUUUUGUUGUAGGGGUAAGAAAAACUGGUUGAGGAAUGAAAACGUCAGCAACACGCAUACAGCUUUGUCGCCAAACUGUUCCAUGGUGACUGGAAUAGAUUGUAAAAAUGUCCCGAUCGUUUCUCGCGUGAAAGGAGAUUAUAGCUUUGACCAGCUGGUCAAAAUACUUCAAAAUAAAAACAGUUCAGCGAAUGCUAAUUGUGAUGUACACACCGAUUCGUGUAAAGAUCUUCAGCCUCAAUUUGAUAGUCAAAAUGAGGUCAAACCACCGUCUCAUAGCGACAGAAGUAGAGUAAAUAAAUCAAACGAUAUAGAAACUGAUAGUUUACCUGAAUUGGUAGAUCCAGUAUCACAACAGCAGCAGUCGACACCACGGCGCAGCCACCACACGCAACAAUCAGCUACAGUACAGCAGGGCUUGAAGCAAGGUCUUAUUCACGAUAGCGCGUCACGUUCAACUCUGGUUUCCAAUGCAGCACCAGCGGCCAACCGGAUGUCAGCAGCGUCGGAUAUUUCAAACGUUACGUCAUCACAAACAACUUCGUUUCUCCGUGGUGAUCAAACACCGCAGCUACACGUUACGUCAUCACAAGUGCCACAUUCACAAGUUUCUGAAGUAUCAGUGUUAAGCACUCAAAAUCUUCCAGCUACAGCCUGCAAUUCCCAAAACCUAUCAACAACAACCUCCAAUUCCCAAAACCUACCAGCAACAGCCCCCAACGCCCAAAACCUACCAACAACAACCACAAAUUCCCAGACUCCAGCAUCCAACCCAGAGAACCAGACCAACAUUAACACGGCACCACCUGAACAGGUCACUGUCAACUCUGAGAAAGGUAAAGGCCGCGGGCCGACCUACGCUGAGCUGGGCAUCAUAACAGAGAGAGCCAAGCGUCCGGAAUAUGCCAUCAAGUCAGAGAGGACGAAAACAUUUGAACCCUGGCCCAGGAACCACCACCUAGCCGUACCUGACCUUGUGGAGGCUGGCUUUUACUACGCUGGAUACGGCGACUGUGCCCGAUGUUUCUACUGUGGUGGAGGUCUGAGGAACUGGGAAGAUGAGGACGACGUGUUUGUAGAACAUGCCAGAUGGUUCCCUAAAUGUGCGUACAUCCGUCAGCUGAUGGGACACGCCUUCGUACACACGGUUCAAGACUUGAACAAAAGCUACGAUAAAAUUCCAUUUAGUCUUGUUCGGGAGAAAAUAGGAAACGUUGAUAUAAACUCACAACUCGUGGGGAUCAAGAUGGAAUCUUUAAGCCGGGAUCCCGCUGUGAGGGCUGUUGUAGAGAUUGGUUAUAAGGAGGAUGUUGUACUAAAAGCUGCCAAUACCAUCAAAAUGCAAGAUAAAGAAAAUACGUUAUCUGCUGACUUGAUAUUGGACCAGCUGAUAAAGAUGAACUGUCAUCAACCGCCCAACAAGGUUCUUGGGGCGACUCAGGCGAACGUUCAGGAAGAUAAAGAGCAAAUAAAGAAGAUAAAAGAAUCCAACUCAGAGCUGCGCAGACAGACAGCGUGCAAGAUUUGCUUCGACAAAGAAGUUGCUGUUGUCUUCUUGCCCUGCGGUCAUUUCGCGGCCUGCAGCGAUUGCGCUGUGGCGCUUAACAAUUGUCCAAUCUGUAGGAAACAGGUCAAAGGGGUUGUGAGAGCGUUUAUCGGCUAAAGGUAGAGAGUGGCCGAGUAACAGAGCGUUAGCUUGCGAACGCGAUG